CCCAACUACAUCAACCAUGGCAACGUCAAUUCCCAGAGCUGCGCGCUCUGUACUAUCAAGGGCUUCCUCAGUAAAUUCAUUUAAAGUAUUCCGAUCUGAUGUUUCAGCGGCAACAGCUUCGCGGCUGUUAUCGCCAGUCUCAAGAUCUUUCUCGACCUGCCACCGAUUCGCUGCAACGGCAGCGCCAACCUACGCACGCAAGAAUGUCGAUCCAGCAAAAGUAGCACCUCCUCCAUCGAAGCAAGACUCCAUAGACGACCAAUCGCCCAUCAAAGACAUGACCAACGGCCUGGCGGACGAACCAUUGAUUCUCGACGAAGGAAGCAGACAAGUCGACUGGACGCGCUCCUACCACGGUUUAUCCUCGCAGGCAUUCUCCAAGGAAGCCGCAGACACAUUAUUAGCGCCUAUACCUUUUGAUGAUGUGGAGGUCAAGCCGGAUGGGAUCAUAUAUCUGCCAGAGAUCAAGUACAGGAGGAUACUGAACAAAGCUUUUGGGCCUGGUGGUUGGGGACUUGCGCCGAGAGGGGAGACUAUCGUUACGGGCAAAAGUGUUACGAGAGAGUAUGCACUUGUUGCCAAUGGACGGUUGGUAUCCGUUGCACGAGGAGAACAAGACUAUUUCUCGCCCGAAGGCAUACCAACUGCGACCGAGGGCUGUAAGUCGAAUGCUUUGAUGCGCUGCUGUAAAGAUCUUGGUGUUGCUAGCGAGCUAUGGGAUCCUCGAUACAUUCGAAAGUUCAUGAAGGACAAGGCGAAACAGGUCUGGGUAGAGCAUGUGGUGACUAAGAAGAAGAAGCAGAUAUGGCUCAGGAAAGAUGACGAAGUCAGAUACCCUUUCAAGGAGUCGAAAUAUGGGUCAUAGAAGGUUGGAUCGUUCACUCCAUAUGCGCUCGAGCAUACGGAAGCCCUCGAACGAGUAGAGUUGUAGAAUAGAACGAGCGAGGGAUGCAUAUACUGUACAAGAGGUCAAUCGACACACAAUCACGACUCCACGCAAAUUCCAGCCGGAUCAGGACUUUCCAUAGACGAAGGAACCAAUAAAUAGGGUGGUAUUAGGAGUCUGCAAAUUUUCACACAGAGCUAUCGCUUUCUUUGUGUUGAAGUACUUUGCGCGCACCAGAAGGACAAUUGAUUGACUCUGCAGCCU